AUGUUUUACAGUCAUGAAAUCCUCACUUCGCCGGAGCAUGGUGUCGCAACUAUCUGGCUAGUUGCAACCCUAGGGUCCCGUUCCAUUGCCAGGAGACUCAAUCGAAAGGCUAUUCUCGAUGUUGACGUCCCCAAGGCAUGCCGAGUCAUUAUUGACCCCGAGGCACCCAUGGCCCUUCGAUUGCAAGGGAGCUUGCUUUACGGGGUGUCUCGGGUGUACAAUCAACAAUGCGGAUACACGCUACUGGAUACACAGGCGAUGCACGACAAGAUGGUCUCCAAGUUGAAGAUCAUUCCAGGAAGUGGACUUGACCCUACCGCCGGGCAAACCAAUGCUCAAAUAUUUACUUCAAGCAGGCCUAACAAUCUGAUCCUGCCCUACGACCCUACCUUCCUGCCCGAGACAGCUCUCCUGGGAUUGGAAAUCGACUUGUCCUCUUUCAAUGGUAGCACUGAUGAUAUUUCAAGUCAACUGAGUGAUCUGUGGACCAAGUCCCCCAAUAAUAGCUUGUCUGGUAACUCUCACGUUUCAAGCCUCCAGCUUGAGCUCCCGUCGGAUGAUGGCAUGCGAGAUGGUAAUAUCCUCGGACUUGACGAUAUCGGCGGGUCUGUGCAAAAGGAGGACAUUUUCGACAAUGUGAAAAAUCUGGGAUUGGGCAAGGAGGAAGGUGUUCUUCUUCAGCCUGACUUUGAAUUUGACGAGGAUGGUAAUAUUAUCGAGCUCGGUACUGAAGCACAGUCCCCCUGUGCAAGGAAGUCCAAGGGUGGACUAAGAGAAAGUGAACAAUUCAUCGAGAGAGAGCAAGACCAGCUCGGGGAAGAACCAAUGCAGAUCGACAACGAGGCUUUGCCAACGGUCGAGAACAGAGACAUAAUGGAUUUUCACACCCAGCCCACCGGUAGAAAUAUUCUUCGGGCUGAAAGCCUAGAUGGGAUCGAGGAAACAAUCGAAAUUCAAGCGGUAAGAACCCGCAAAGUCCGACACCCAAAGGAGAUCAUUCCCGACGAUACCACGUCGCUGCGAAAUAUGACAAUGGCGGAAUGGAACAAUGAAUACGUUGCCAACAUGGCCCAAGCAUUGAAGCAGAAGCAGCAAAACAAAAUCCCAACCAUUUCGAAGAAGAAUGCCGCUUUCUGGGUUUUCGGUCAGGGAAUCGGCUCCGUAGGAGUGGGAUUGGGGAAGGAUCACGAAUCGCAUCCCCUCCGUCUCUAUUCAGGCGAGGACCUGUUCGAAGCCAUUGGUGGAUACACCCGGAAGAAUGCACGAAAGCGCAGUGCCGAAGAUGAUGAAACUUCGGAGGGACGUCGAGUACGCGCGAGAGACGAGCAAGCUGAUCAUCUCAGCCGCGAGAAUAUCGACCGCCUUAACAUGGAUGUCGAACUUGGCCGUGAUGCCCCUUCGAGUCUGUUCGACGAUCACUCAUCUCAGAUGCCGUGGAACAUCACCGCUUCUAUCCAAAGCUCUCGACAAAGACAUCGGCUCGGUAGUGCCAGCGAGGUUUCCUCUCAAGGACGUAAAGGCCGAAGUCGUCUCGCAAGCGCCAGUCCCCUUGCCAAUCGUGGCUAUCUCGCUGGCCAAGACCAACUCAACCUAGAGCUUCUCGGCGAUUUCGGAGAUGACAUGGAUCUUACCCGGUAUCUGGAAGAGGAACUGGCAACAGAUCGCGGAAAUAUCAGCUCGAUCUCCCGGGGAAAGCGCUCUGCUCUUGAACGUGUCAAGGCGACUCUUGAUCGGGAAAGCUUGAACUUCAUAGAUUUUAUGAAGACCAAGAUGGGUGCUAUUUCCGACGGUAAGGCAGGAAACACAGAAGAAAGCCCACACAGCAGCAUAGCCAGCCCGAUCGCAGGCAGACUCGGCCAGACAACGUUUGCGACUCUGCUCCCUCCUGAGAGCACGACCCGAGCUGUUGCAACUCAAGCCUUGAUGAACGUUCUCACGCUGGCUACCAAGGGUGUGCUGCAUGUCCACCAGGAUGGGUACAUCGAUGAGAGUACUGAAUGGGAAGUCCAUUACCGCUAUGGCGAGAUAUUCCUGCGACUAUCUGGAAUAUGA